GAAACGGUGAUUGGCAAGAGGGGUUGUUGUUGGGUUGCAAAUGCAGGAGGCGAGCGGGGGGACUGAGAUCGACGCCGGAGCAUCAUCAUCCCGCUACGCUGCUCAAUUCCGCAACUCGUCUUUCAGGCUUUCCGCGGACGACGAAUAGGUGCGGCGUUUCGUGAGGGAGUGAGUUUUCGCUUCGUGGCGGAGUUUUAGAGGCUGGAGGACUCCGGCAUCGAUAGGUCGCUAAGCCCGACAAAUUGCACCGCCCGCAGGCUUGGGGUUACAAUCGACCAUCACGUAACGCUCGGGGUGAUCGGAUCAUCUCAAUUAGGAGCGUGGCGUCACCGAGGAAUUACAUAGGCAUUAUGCGGCUGCUCCUCGGCGCUGGAUAAUUCUGCACGACCCGACGGAUGCGUGGAAGCUGGCAAGCGCAAGCUAUUCCACCAAUUAAGUUGGAGGAGAGUUUCAGCAGCAGGGAGGGGCAUUGUAGAAGGAGUGGGUGAUCAUUUCUUCGGAAAGAGAGUCCAUCGCAAUGCUUGAUGUGUCGAGAGUUCAGAAAGAGCUUGUUGAGAUCAAACGUGAUGAGAAAUUAUCCGGAGUGAGCAUUGAAAUCUCGGAGGGAGACUUGACGCGUAUGCGAGGCACCAUCGGUGGACCUCAUGGGACUCCUUACGAAGGUGGUGUCUUCAUCGUGGACAUCCAACUGCCAUCUGCUUAUCCUUUUGAGCCACCGAAGAUGCAGUUCGUGACCAAAGUUUGGCACCCCAACAUAAGCAGCCAGAAUGGCGCCAUCUGUUUGGAUAUUCUGAAGGACCAAUGGAGUCCAGCUCUGACUCUCAAAACUGCCCUCCUCUCCCUUCAGGCUCUUUUAUCAACACCAGAGCCUGAUGAUCCUCAAGAUGCUGUUGUGGCACAGCAGUAUUUACGAGACUACGCGACUUUUAUGGGAACUGCUCGGUACUGGACUGAAUCAUUUGCAAAGAGGGGGGCUCUUGGUAUUAAGGAAAAGUUAGUCAAGCUGGUGGAGAUGGGCUUCUCAGAGGACACAGCGAGGGUUGCACUGGAGAACUGUGGGGGCGAUGAGAACGCAGCAUUGGAGAAACUUUGCGGCGGUUAGAGCGUAUUCGUGCCAUAAUAUUGAACUUUGAUUUUUGGGGAAGGCAAGAUCUGUGAUAAAGUUGGCAACCACGUCCAUGUUCUUAAUGGGGUUCUUCGUCAACGGCUGAGAAAUCGUCGAUUUUCUACUGAUACGGAAUAGCAAGUUGGCUGCCGCUAUACAGAUCUGCAACACCCCACCAGCUGAUCAUUAAAAUGAAGGUGGGUCCGAAACCAAAGACUUUAGUAAGAAAACAAUCAAAACAUGAUGUUUCACUAUAUAAAAUGCAAUUCCAAGUAACGCAUUCUACUUUAAUGCGAAGAGACAGUUUCAACAUGCUUACCUGAUUGUAUGCAAGCACGUUGGUGGAAGCUCCUUUGAGCAUUUGAUCUAUGCUCAGUUGAAGCUCCACGGUUUGGAGUUUUUUACGUUCCACGAUCUGUUUAGUUGUGCAGAUUUCAUUGUUUAGUACCAUCACGUCGUGGUCACAAUUCCUUAAAUAAUCGUGAAGGUCUCUUCUUACAGUAUCA